ACUUGAGAGUUAAUACUCUCAUGAGGUUCAUGCCACUCAUGAUUUGAAUCACGAUGGAUGGUAUGUCACAGCAAUAACUCAAUCGGCUUGCUCAUUCAAUUUCCUCCAACAGUUCACCGUCUCCUUUUGUUCUUUAAAAAGCCACCAAUUAGAUCAAUUUUCCGUAAGGUGGCAUUGAAAAUGGCGAAUGAGCUGAUUUUGGUUAUGGCUAUGGCUAUGGUUAUGGUUGCAUUUGCAGGCUGUGUUACUGCAAGAACUGCCCCAAAUGAUGGGGCGAAAAGCGUCAGUGACCAAAAAAACUUCGUCAACUAUGGUGGGGUUGGUGGCUUUUCUGGCAUUGGUGACAGUGGACUCCCCUUUGGAGGGGCUGGGGGCGUUGUCGGGUUCGGCGGUGGCAGUGGCAUUGGCGGUGGCAUUGGUGGACUCGGAGGGGGUGGUGGUUUAGGUGGGCUGGGCGGUGGCAUUGGCGGACAUGGAGGAGGUGGUGGCUUAGGCGGGCUCGGUGGUGGCAUUGGUGGAUACGGUGGGGGUGGUGGCUUAGGCGGGCUCGGCGGUGGCAUUGGUGGAUAUGGUGGGGGCGGUAUCGGAAUUGGAGUUGGCGGAAGAUUUGUUAAGAUCCCUUAAGUAAACUUAGAGUUUUAUAAACUUAGCGUGUUUAAAUGUACUUGGUAAUGUUUGGAGUCCUUUUUAAGUGGUGAUUAGAGAUUUAAAUCUACGAUCUUUUCAUCGAGUUCGUUUAGUAUUAGAAGAAAAACAAUAACACGAAAGUGUUUGUUUCGUCAUCUUAUAUACUAUUUUAUUAGUCAAGGAUGUGUGAAGCAUAUUUGGUGAUACCCUUUUAGGAAUUUUGUUACAAUUUUAUUAAAUUCCUAUUUUGCCC